AUGAUCCUCAGGGUGGCUUAUCUGGUGGGCCUCCAGCUUUCCAUUGUCUGCUGCUGGGCUUUCAGCUGCCACAAGACAGAGUUCUCUCCUGACUUCAGUCUCCCAGGGGAUUACCUUCUUGCAGGCUUGUUCUCUCUCCACGCUGACUAUCUGCAGAUGAGACACAGACCCCAGGUAACCCUCUGUGACAGGCCUGGCAGCUUCAACGGCCAUGGCUACCACCUCUUCCAGGCCAUGAGGUUUGGCAUUGAGGAGAUAAACAACUCUACAUCACUGCUGCCUAACGUCACCCUGGGGUAUGAGCUCUACGAUGUGUGCUCGCAGUCUGCCAAUGUGUAUGCCGUACUGAGCGCGCUCUCCCUGAGGGGAACACAGCACAUAGAGAUCCAAGAAAACCUGUCCCACUAUACCCCCAAGGUGAUGGCAAUCAUUGGACCUGACUACACUGACCACGCUGUCACCACUGCUGCCUUGCUGAGCCCCUUCCUGGUGCCCCUGAUCAGCUAUGAGGCCAGCAGCACGACACUCAGUGAAAAGCGACUGUACCCCUCUUUUCUGCGUACCAUCCCCAGUGACAAGUACCAGGUGGAGGUCCUUGUGCUGCUGCUGCAGAAGUUUGGGUGGGUCUGGAUCUCACUGAUUGGCAGCUAUGGUGACUAUGGAGAGCUAGGGAUUCAGGCACUGGAGGACCUGGCCACACAGCGGGGUAUGUGCAUUGCCUUCAAGGGAAUUGUGCCCUUCGCUGCUCAAACAGGGGAUAAAAGGAUGCAGGACAUGAUUUGCCUCCUGGCCCAAGCCAAGACCACUGUGGUGGUGGUUUUCUCCAACCGAAAGCUGGCUGGAGUAUUCUUUGAAUCUGUGGUGCUGGCCAACCUGACUGGCAAGGUGUGGGUAGCCUCAGAAGACUGGGCCAUCUCCACACACAUCACCAGCGUGCCUGGAAUCCAGGGCAUUGGGACGGUGCUGGGUGUGACCAUCAAGCAGAGGCUUGUCCCUGGCCUGAAGGAGUUUGAAGAGGCUUAUGCCCAGGCAGACAAGGGUGCCCCCAGGAUUUGCCCCACAGGCUCCUGGUGCAGCACCAACCAACUCUGCAGAGAUUGCCAAGCGUUCACGGCACAUAGGAUGCCAGGCCUCGGAGCCUUUUCCAUGAGUGCUGCCUACAAUGCAUACCAGGCAGUAUAUGCUGUGGCCCAUGGCCUCCACCAGCUCCUCGGCUGUUCCUCUGGAGCCUGUUCCAGGGAUCCAGUGUACCCUUGGCAGCUCCUGGAGCAGAUCUAUAAAGUGAAUUUCCUUCUGCAUGAGGACAUGGUGACAUUUGAUGACAAUGGGGACCUCCUUAGUGACUAUAACAUCAUCGCUUGGGACUGGAGUGGGCCCACGUGGACCUUUAGGAUCAUUGGCUCCUCCACGUGGUCUCCAGUUGGUUUGAACAUAAAUAAGACGAAAAUCCAGUGGCACGGAGAGAACAACCAGGUGCCUACAUCCGUGUGUACCAAGGACUGUCUUGAAGGGCACCAUCGAGUGGUUGUGGGUUCCCACCAUUGUUGCUUCGAGUGUGUGCUCUGUGAGGCUGGAACCUUUCUCAACAAGAGUGACCUCAACAGCUGCCAGCCUUGUGGGAAAGAAGAGUGGGCACCUGAGGGAAGCCAGACCUGCUUCCCACGCACUGGGUUUUUGACUUGGAUGAAGCCCAUAUCUUGGAUGCUAUUGGCAGCUAAUAACACUGCUGUUGUUGCUGUGCUGGGGACUGCUGUUCUGCUUGCUUGGCACCUAGACAACACUGUUGUAAGGUCAGCUGGGGCAGGCUAUGCUUCCUCAUGCUGGCUCCCUGCAGCGGGUAGCUGCAGCCUCUAUGGUUUCUUUGGGGAGCCCACAUUGCCCACUUGCUUGCUGCGCCAGGCCCUCUUUUCCUUCGGUUUCGCCAUCUCUUCUGUCUUGCUUGACAAUCCGCCUUCUUCCAACUGGUUAUUCAUCUUCAAGUUUUCCACCAAGGUACCCACAUUCCAAAACCAUGGUGCUGGCCUGUUUGUGAUAGUCAGCUCAAUGGCCCAGCUGCUCAUCUGUUUAACUUGGCUUGCAGUGUGGACCCCACUGCCCACCAGAGAAUACCAGCGCUUCCCCCAGUUGGUGAUGCUUGAGUGUACAGAGGCCAACUCUCUGGGCUUCCUAUUGGCGUUCACCUACAAAUGUCUCCUCUCCGUCAGUGCCUUUGCCUGCAGUUACAUGGGCAAGGAGCUGCCAGAGAACUAUAACGAGGCCAAAUGCGUCACUUUCAGCUUGCUCCUUAAUUUCGUAUCCUGGAUCACCUUCUUCACCAUGGCUAGCAUCUACCAGGGAAAGUACCUGCCGGUAGUUAACGUGCUGGCUGGGCUGAUCAGCCUGAGCGGCGGCUUCAGCGGUUAUUUCCUUCCGAAGUGCUAUGUGAUCCUCUUCCGACCAGACCUCAACAACACAGAGCACUUCCAGGCCUCCAUCCAAGACUACACGAGGCGCUGCGGCUCCACCUGA